AUGGAAGGUGCACCUAGAGCUCAAGGGGUCCGCCAGGAACUGAAAUACUGCAAGCCGAUUGCAGUAAUUGGCGCUGGAGUCUUCGGUUUGACAAGUGCACUUCAUCUGGCCAAGGCAGGAUAUAAAGACGUAACGAUAUUCGAUUACCAAGAAUACGAUAAGAAUGGCUAUUCCGUUCGUGAGGGUUGCGACGCCGCCAGUGCUGAUGAAAACAAGAUCCUCCGCGCAUCGUACGGAGAGAGAAAAAUGUACCAGGACCUUGCUUUCCAAGCAAUGGAGGUUUGGCAAGAGUGGAACGAACAAGUUAAAACCUCAGUCAUUCUCCCGUCUCAUGUAUCCAACACCGAUCAGCUCUGGGUUAAUUCUGGUUUCCUAAGGCUCAGUGACAACGGCCUUGAUGAGCAUGAACAUAUCACACAGGAGAACUUUCCAGCGGAAAUCCGGCAUACCCAGUACCGUAUUACCGAUCCUCAGCGUGUUGCAGAUGCUGCCAAAAAUGGAAUCCCUGUCACUAAAUUCGAUCCUUUUGACCGUCGAGCUCGCGAGCUCUCAACCGAUGGCAUGUUCGAUGGCACUGGUGGCUACAUACUUGCCAGUAAAGCCUGUAGCUGGGCACUUCAUCUUUGCAAACAGCAUGGGGUAAAACUACGUCUCGGGCCUUCAUAUCGGUUUACCACCUGCAAUUACUCUUGUUCUGGAUCAGUUACAGGUGUCACUACUGCUGAUGGGACUCUCCAUCCCGCCUCACUUGUCAUUGUUGCCUGCGGUGGCUGGACGCCUUCACUUGUCCCUGAAUCAGACACUAUAAUCGAGGCUACUGCUGGCAGUGUAUUGACUGUACGACUUCCCAAGAAUCGCGAGGACCUGUGGAAGAAGUUUGAUCCCGAAAAUUUUCCCGUCUGGUCCUGGAAGAUGUCAUCAUACACCAAAGAUGUAAAUCGCACUUCUGUCGGUGGACUCUAUGGCUUCCCUCGUACACCAGAUGGAAUAGUGAAAUUCGGAUUCCGCGGUGCAAAAUGGACAAACUACACACAUGUCCGCUCAGGUGAUGGACGUCUUGUCAGCUAUCCAAAGACAGGCGAGCAGGAGGUUCCCGAACCUGCCAUGGAGGUCGUGCAAAAGUUCUGUGAAGUGAAUCUACCAGAGCUGGUGCAACUUCCUGUCGAAAAAGGACGGAUGUGCUGGUACACGGAUAGCACUGACAACGAGUUCCUGAUCGACUUCGUACCAGACAGAAAGGGGUUGAUGGUUGCAACCGGAGGCUCGGGCCAUGGCUUCAAAUUUUUGCCAGUGCUGGGAACGAAAGUGGUGGACAUCAUAGAAGGAAAGAACACUGAGUUCACCAGGGCCUUCUCCUGGAGGCAAAGACCAGCUGCUGGUAGUGCUAACGGGCUUGAAGAAGGGCCUGAAGGAUGGAGAACGCUCGACAAACAAAAGAUGACUAGCCAGUGGAAGGCGAAGUUACGAACUAAUCACUCGCCCUAA